AUGAAAUUCGGCGAUUUCCUUGAAGAGCACCAUGUUCCCGAAUGGAGAUCUCAAUAUCUUGACUACUCCAAGGGGAAGACGAAGCUUGAUACAUUAGCAAGUUUCUUGAAUACUUCAGCAGGAUGUGUGUGCGAUCCGAUUGAACAAGAGACCGGAUUCGCCUUUGCGUUGCAUGGUGGGAUAGUGCAGACAAAGGAUGAUAUUGAUAAACACUACAUCUACACUGGUACUACUCACGUUUUGGGGACAUCAUCAAAAGAAGGGCACGAAGAAGACGCUGAAGAUGAAGACGCUGAAGAUGAAGAUUUCAGAGUUGUCUCUUUAGUUGAUGAGCUAAACUUACCGCAGACCAUUAAAAAUACGGAAAUAACACCCUUAUUAUCACAAACAACUAAAAGAGCCAGGGCGAUGUCUACAAGUUUCAUGUAUAUCAAAAAUUGUAGAGACAAGAAACUGAAAGAAAAUCCCUCAAUUACAAAUAUUGCAAAACAACAAUUCAUUGAAUGGGUUGAUCUUGAAUUAUUAAAGGUUGAUACAUUUUACAAGUUCAAAGAACGUGAAUGUGCUAAACGUUUGAUAUUAUUAAUGGAUCAAAUUUCACGAUUGGAAAACUUACAAUUAGAAGUAGUAAACGAUGAUGUUCAAGCAAAUGAAUGUACACACCACCCAAAUAAGAAGAAUUUUUUUUUCUGUCUCCUUAAAAAUACAUUUUCAUUUGAAGAUAUCAGUAAGAGGAUAAGUUUUAUUUUUGAUUUUUUUGAAAUGCCUCAAGCUCCAAACUAUUUUUGGAAUAAAUCUGAUUCUUCGAAAGCUGACAUCCAAACACAUUUAAUCAGAGAUGUAAAUUCGCCCAUAAUUGCAAAGGCCAUGCUAAAAAAGGCAUUUGGUGAACUGUAUCAUAAAUUGGAUUUGUUAAAUUCAUAUAAAAUUGUGAACAGAACUGCGUUUAGAAAAUUAAUCAAAAAAUACGAUAAGAGAUGCAGAGACAAUAUGUUGUGUGACUACAUGGAAAAAGUAGAUGGGUCAUAUUUUAAUACAUCAGAAGUAUUGUCAAUUCUGGCAGAAUAUGUUGAGAAUAUUUAUACAGAAAAAUUCGAAGAUGGUCAUCGGAAGUUAGCUAUAGCGAAGCUAAGAUCUUUUCAAAAUGUUAAAUCACAUUAUAGAUCAAGCUUUGUUAGCGGAAUUCUUAUUGGAAUAUCUCUGCCUCUCGUUGUACUUUUUGUCUCUAAGAUUCAAAAAGAUGCAGGUUUACAAAAUGAUAAAUUUGUCAUUCAACUAUGGGCGUCUUGGUUUUUGUUUGUUCUAGCCGGAUUAUUUUUUGCACUGAAUUGUCUAGUUUGGGAUAAAUACCAUAUAAAUUAUAAGUUGGUCUUUGAAUUGAAUCCAAACGAUGCCCUUGAUUAUAAGCAAUUCUUAUUGAUACCAUCAUUCUUCUUGUUUGUUGGUUCGAUAAUGUCAUACUUUAGCUAUGAUACAUUUCUCUCCAAAAAAAUGGGUUUUGAAUAUUUCAAUUUCAUUUAUUUUUAUUUUUGCCUAAUCAUUCUGUUUUGCCCCUUGAACAUAUUUUAUCUCAAAGCAAGAAUAUGGUUUAUUGUGUCUUUGUUUAGAUUAUUUCUAAGUGGGUUUUACCCAGUUGAGUUCAGAGACUUUUUUAUGGGUGUUCUAACUUGUUCAUUAACAUAUUCUAUAUCAAAUAUCUACAUGGUCUUUUGUUUACAGAUAGUUGAUUGGGAAAGUUGCGCAAGCUGUGGUCCCAUGAAGUCCUACUGGCUUGGUAUGAUAGCAUGUAUCCCACCGUUAUGGAGAUCAGCACAGUGUUUGAGACGUUUCCUAGACACCGGUGAAUGGUUCCCGCAUUUUGCCAAUCUAGCCAAAUAUAUGAUUACAACUUCAUACUUUGGCUUGUUAUGCCUUUAUAGAAUUAAAACAUUCAGAGAUGCUGUUUCCGUUUCGACUUCUACAAGUCUUGUGUCUGGCAUAUUACCUCCAAUUUUUAUUAGCGUUGCACUAAUAAACUCCAUCUACAGUUCAUUUUGGGAUGUUUGUAUGGAUUGGUCACUAAUGCAGAUUUCAUCAGAGAAUUACCUUUUAAGAGACGUGCUGAUUUAUAAGCGCAAGCUCCUAUACUAUUUUGCCAUUAUCUUUGAUAUUUUGUUGAGGUUUCAGUGGGUUGUAUACGUCUUCACACCCUAUAAAAUUUCACACAGCCCAAUAACAGCGUUUAGCGUGGCACUGGCAGAGUUGUUACGUAGAUUUGUUUGGAUGUUUUUCAGAAUGGAGAACGAACAUGCUUCAAACAUGAACGCAUUCCGUGUUUGUAGGGUUUGUCCACUUCCUUACAACUACACAGUUAAAUCAAUUAUAGAAAACUUCAAAUUAUCACAGUUCUGCGAAACCAUUUUGCAUCUUCGUAUAGCCGAUAUUUUCCAAAAGACAUCUCCUUCUGAUAUCAAUGAAAUUAUGGAAUGGGAAGAUUCAAUUGAAAAUGUCACCAUGUCUAGGGACGACCUUGCAGCUAUGUUACGUGAGACAAAUGGCUCAAUUGAUAGUGACAUUGGAAGUAUCUACAGCACAGGAACACAACGUACAAAUGUAACGAGGAAAUCAGGAUGGCAUCAUCUCUCAAAGAUUAUAUCCCGUGCACACGCCAAAGAGUUUCAACAACGUAAUACAGAUACAGAAAAUAAUAUAGACGAAUAUGGACCGUUGGCAGAAUCGAAUGUGUUACCUGAUAGUGAUAUAGAUGCUUUUACGGAAAACAAUGAUUAA